GCCUGCACGCUGUGGAAGCUCAGAGUGUAACCGUUUAUGGUGGAGAGAAGAGUCUCUUAGUUUGAAAGGCACUCACUACUCAUUGAAACGUGAAACUCGCACAUUUCUUGAAAAAAAAGAAGAGAAAGACGACACGUUUACAUUUGAAAAAGCCUAAAAGGACCUCGCUUCAAAGCUGUCAUAUGUGACUGAACACAAUAAUUUGAAACAAGUGCCAUAGAAGAAUACAAAGUCUUUCGACUCGGGAGGGACUGAGGAGUUGCAGAGGCAACUUGUACAGAAACUGUCUGACGUCUCGUCAAGUAAGAGUUUCUAAAGGAUUUGUAUUUUCCUUUUACAUAUUUACAUCGGACACUUUGUUUCACUUCAUAAGCCGGUCUGUCUGCACAGUUAAACUAAUCUGUGUUUAUCGCAAUCCUCAGAACUGGACUCUCGUUCUAACAGCUGAAUUAAAAACGCACACACACACACACGCGUUCUGGUUACUGUUCUAUGUCUACCAAGAUGGAAACUACUUUCUACGACGAUACACUCAAUGCCUUCUCACAGCCAGAGUCCUCCGGCUAUGGAUACAACCCCAAAGCCCUGAAGCAGAACUUGACUUUAAACCUGUUGGACCCCUCGCUGAACUUGAAACCGCACCUGCGGGCCAGGGCAAGCGACCUCCUCACAUCCCCCGAUGUCGGGCUUCUCAAACUGGCCUCCCCCGAACUGGAGCGGCUUAUCAUCCAGUCCAGCAACGGCAUGAUCACCACGACACCGACCCCGACCCAGUUCCUCUGCCCGAGAAACGUUACCGACGAGCAGGAGGGUUUUGCUGAUGGGUUCGUGCGGGCACUGGCGGAGCUGCACUACCAGCACAACGGCUCCACCAGCGUAACUUCUGCGACGGAGACUUCUUCGGCCACCGGCAUGACACCCAUCUCUUCUAUGAUUGUCAACAGUGUUUUCAGCGCAAACAUGCAGCCGGAACCACCGGUGUAUACCAGCCUGAACACAUUCAAUCCAACUAACAUCAGCACCUCAUCGGCGACGGCGCCAGCACCCAGCUUCAGCAAUGCAAACAACAUGAACUACCAGCCUCAGCAUCACAUGAACACCCAGGUGCAGAUUCAGCACCCGCGGCUGCAGGCGUUGAAAGAGGAGCCCCAGACGGUGCCCGAGAUGCCCGGCGAGACCCCGCCGCUCUCCCCGAUCGACAUGGAGAACCAGGAGAGGAUCAAAGCCGAGAGGAAGCGCAUGAGAAACAGAGUCGCAGCUUCCAAGUGCCGGAAGAGGAAACUGGAGAGGAUCUCCAGGCUGGAAGACAAAGUGAAAAACUUGAAGUCGCAGAACUCCGAGCUGGCAUCCUCCGCCAACUUACUGCGGGAGCAGGUGGCGCAGCUGAAGCAGAAAGUCAUGAACCACGUCAACAGCGGCUGCCAACUCAUGCUGACCCAGCAGCUGCAAACGUUCUGAGAGCACAACCCCGCGACCGCUGCUCCUCCGAAAAAAGAGACUGUCCGAAAACGGGACGAAGUUUACAAAGUAACGAAUGAAUGAAGACAAUGAAACUAAGUGUCACAGCUGUGAGACUACAGAGGCGAGCCCCUUGGCUACACGCAGGGGUAUAUAUAGAGAGAGAGACUUGUCUUGAGAAUGAUGAGAAGAGCUGUCUCAAGCUGGGUUAUUGACAACAACAAUGAAAGCAAAAAGACACAAGCACUUUCUUAUUCAAGUGCUGUUUUCUGCUUUUGUGUUUUUUUUAAAAGAGAGACACUAUCAUUGCGUUAACGUUGACCAAGUUGUGCAUGGACCCCGUGACAUUCGAAGAUCAUUCAGUAUUCAAACAAAGUUUAAAAAAAAAAAAAAAAAAAAAAACCUCCAAUAGAUUCUUUAGUUUGCUUGUGUUGUAGCGACGUCAUGGGAAGGCGUAGAAAAUAAAAAGCCAGGUUGAAAAAGCUGCCUGGCUUGAUUGUAUGUGUAAAUAUUGUUCAUUAUAUAUAUAUAUAUAUAUAUAUAUAUAUAUAUAUAUAUAUAUAUAUAUAUAUAUAUAUUAAUCAUGUCAAUGCAGGAAACGUCUCACUCCUUUGUAAGUUAUUACGUUUUGUAUUUUGCUCUUUGGCGAUUAAGCCCAAUAUUAUUUGUAAAUAAGAGGAAUUUGGACGACUCAUAAGUUUGCCAUUUGUAAUAAAAUAUAUAAUUUUUUUAUGUUUGUUUUCUGAAGGUUCAGAAACAAAGCGAUUAUAUUUAAAACAUGUAUAAAUAAAGCAUCUAAAACGAAUGCUCUGGGGUUCUGGUGUGUUUUAAUAGAUGAACAAUUAUCUGGGCUUCACACUGACACGCCUGUAAAUCGAUCACAUUUCAUUAAAAAUUACACUGGAGUACAGUACAUUCCGUUUUGGGAUUUCCAAAAUAGAGCUUUAUAAAUAUAAACAUGCUUAUUAAGGUUCAUUUGUUGUCAACAGUAUCACAUGUACAUUAACCGUUAGUAUUGUCACACUUAGAACAGCAUAUACAUGUUUAUAUUUGGCAGUACUGUAAUAUCAUUAUUAACAAUGGUUAUUAUGGUUCCUUCAUGCUGGGCUGCACAUACAGAUAUUGCAGUAUGGUAGUAUUAAUGAAAUCAGAUAUAGACAUAACAACAGUGCUUUAUAUACCAGUUUGAGGCAGCGUGAUAUCUGACGCAUCAGGUCUCCAGUGAGAGCUGUUUAUUUGAUUUCAGAGUAUCGGUUUAGGAGCUCUGUAAGGAAUACCCUGAGAUUGCUCUUCUAUUUAGGAUUCCAGAAGCCACGUGUCUUCCAAACUCCAUUCCAGAUCUCUCGUCUGCCCUCUGCUUAGUGUACCGUAGCUGUCCUCAAAACCAAGCGCUUGUGAAAUUUGUUCCAGUUAUGCGAAAGGGAAAUAAAAUCAGCAAUGUUACAAAACGGUGAGAAGCAGCUGGUAUUGCCCAUUUCCGAUUCUGAAGUCCACCUUGUAGUUGUCUCUCACGAGUUUUGUAACAUCACUGGAGUAUUUUCCUUUCACUGCAAGGUGCAGGUAAACAGCCCUUGAUAACUUAACACCAGUAUUGAGUCUAGCAUCACAACUAUAAACAUCAAAACAUGUUUUUUUUUUACUUUUCAAACUUAAAUGGAAACAUACAAUAAUGAUGGUGACAUUUCUCUUCACGUGUAAUAACACAAACACAACACAGCAUUUGUUUCAGGUUGUUUCUAAUGACCAUGUGUACUCUCAAGGGUUUGUAAAAGACAACAAAACAUUUCUCACACAAGAGCAGCUAGUGGCAGUGACGCAUUCCCACCACAAGGGAGAGUCAUUACUAACUACUAAACCACCGCUCUUGAUCAAAGCUGUGCCUUGCAGUUUCUUCUCUCCAUGGUCCCUUAUGAAGAUAAUGCUGCAUAGCAACUUUUUAAA